AUGAUAGCUCAGGAUACUAACAUUAACCUGUGCCUCAUUGGAGAGGACGGCACUACGUCCAAAGGCCUUUUGAAAAUGCAGCAUAAUAAUGGCAAUGUUUCUCUCUCCUUUUUCCCAGAACUUGUUGUUGAUGGAAUGAAAGGAAAACAGCAAACAAAGCGUAUCGCGCAAAUUCCCGAUUGUGUCUUCCAAUUAUCAGAUUUCACAAUGAUCGAGAUGGAUGCCGAUGACCGUCUUGUCGUCACAUUAUCUGGUUCCAGAUCUCAUUGCGUUUUAUACUUCACUCGCGAUAAUGACAUCACUCACUUCCUUAACUACAUCGGUGGAAAGGUUCGCUUGAAAAACUCUGACUGCAAUCCUCGCGUUUAUCUUCUUGAGCCACUUGAUUCAUCGGCAUCAAUCGUCACACCUUUCCUUUCAACAGCUCUACCGCAGUCGAGCAACAAGAAUAAAGCUCCAAGCCGAGUAUCGCUUCAUAAAAUACAAAAGCCAGACUUAAUUUUCCCACCUGAUUUCGAUGAGCCGGUCAAGAAAAUGUCUGCCGCCGAGUACCAUACUCUCUUUGAUGAGUCCGGCUGCAUCAAGGAUGGCGUCAACUUCCCAAGCAUCUUUUACAACGUAGACGUUGAUCUGGCAGUUGCAGGAGAACUUUGGAAGCUUCUUCUUGAGCCAGAUGAUGCUAAACUUCCAAGGAGUGAACGCGAAAGGAAGACAAUCGAAAACAGAGAGAAAUAUACAGAAAUCAAACGCCAAUGGCAAGCAACAACCCCACGUCAAUGGAAGAACUAUGGAGAGCUCCGCGAUCUCAUCGCAUUGCUCGAAAAAGAUCUCGUUGACAACGAAAAUUUGUUUUCUCAUUUCAAAAAUCCAGCAUAUGUUCAGAAAAUCGCCUUCAAUGUUUUACUCACGCUUUCAUACUGGAACCUAGAUAACGCUGCUUACGUAAAAGAUUUAGUCCAUUUCCUCGCUCCUUUCCUUGAUUCUUAUAUCUGCGAUGCCGACAAAGAUAAGGUCAUUUUGCAUGAUGGAAGCCAACUUACAGCCGAAGAGAGUGAAGCAGACAUAUUCUGGUGCUUCACAACCUUCUACGACCACAAUAAUCUUUGCGAUCUCGUCCGCCAGUCUACGAAACCACUUAACAAGCCUCUUUUCAUCGCUAUAGGUUAUAUCCUCGAUGAAAACUUCCCAGACUUGCUCCAACUCCUCACUCAGAAGCACGCGGUUUCAUUAGAUUUCCUUAGAGACGACGUGAGCAGUUGGUUCACCACUUGCUACUCGGGUGAUGACCUGAGACGCUUGUGGGUGAGCGUUCUGUCGUUCUCAAGCUCGUUCCAGUUCUUCCAAUGUUAUAUUGUGUCACUUUUGUACACAUUAGCCGGGUCAUUUGUUGAGAUGAAUCCAUUAAACAGCGAUGAGUUUGUUAGGAGAUUCCACGCAUUGAAGAAGAACGUCGAUCUUAACCUCCUGCUACAUAAUGCAAACCAGAUCUUGAAGAUUCUUCAAAAGAAAACAUUGCGUUAG